AUGCCGCUCAAUCUUUUGCUGCUGCUGGGCGCGGCUUUCCUCUUUGGCUCGACUCUGGCCCUUCUUCGACGAAGCAGACGCACCAUUCUCCUCGAGCGACUCCGUGCUAGUGGGCGAAGAGUAUCAGGAGCGAGAACCCCUCCAAGAUCUCUAUCACCCAGCCAGAAGACGGAAAUCCCUCUCGAAGUCGACUAUUCUGAUUCCUUCCCACCAUCACGGCGAUCAGCCCUAGCCGGAAUCUUGAAAGAUGGGGAACUCGACGAGCCAACGGAAGACUGGACGAAGAACAUGUUGCCAAUGGGAAUGUCGUACCUGAAAGCCGAUGACACUAAACGUCUCCCCUGCGGUUUUUCCGUCAAAGAAAUCAAGGCUCUCGGCAAUUUCCCUGACUAUGCCACCCUCAGCGGCGUACCGCUUCCAAACCCAUAUCCCGAGUUUGACAUAAACAAGGCGCUACCUCGACCAUAUCGACCAUUCCGAUGGCCAUACCACCAAACCAUGUCCCUCAGCAAACUCCAACCAGACUGGUGGAUCGAGCUCGAAAACACCUACAUAGAACGCAUCCAAGAACGCAAAUCCCUCUUCACCCAACACGGCACCGACGUCCUCGAUGCCCUCCCGGGCUCCGAGCUUGCUUGCAAAGAACUAAUGGAAACAGCCGUCCAGUUCCUCUGCGCCCGCUACCCGCACUACUUCUCCCUCUCCGCAGACAACACCAUCCUACAAAACAGAAUUCUAAACUCAGAAACCAAUCUCCGUGCCACACACCCUCUGCAUGUACUUCUCGACAACAUCCCAGAAGACUUCGCCAUCAUGCUGCGCGAUGACCGCAGCGGCCGCUAUGUACUCCGCGCGGGCGUCAUUUGCAGUGCGUUGGGCUGGCAUUUAGGGACGAAGCUGGGGAAGCAUCUUGCGGAUAUUCAUGCGCCGAUUCCGGAUUACAAGGAGAAGAUGGCGUUUUCCAUGGAUAGAUACUUCACCAAAAAACCCACCGACAAACCCAUCCAACGCGGCUCCUGGGGCCUCGAAAUCCACACUCCCCUCUACGCACCCCCUUCCUCCCCUCUCCUCGCCCUCCGCACCCACCAACUCCCCCCUUCUCAACUCCCACUAAGCGACAUCCACCUGCGCGUGGACUGGCAGACGCUACGCCGUCUCCCGCUGUCAGGGGCCGUCGUGUUUAAUUUCAAAGCCGUGUUUACGCCCGUGGAGCAGUUUAGGGAUGAGCCGCGGAUACCGGGGUUGCUGCUGAAGAUAUUGGACCAAGGGAAGAAGGAGCUCAUGGAGUACAAGGGGACGUGGCAUGUGGAGCAUGUGGUCAAGGAUGUGUUGAGGACGUGGCAUGGGGAGCAAGUGGCGAAAGGGUGGGUGGAGGAAGGGUGGGAGGCCGAGACGUUGGCGGAGAGUCCGUGGUUUAAAGGGUGGGAGGGGAAGUGGAGGGGGAUGCAGGGGUUUUAA